AUGAUAUCGACUAACUGCCGGGCCGCAGUGGAUGUUCAAGAUGCCUUGGUACCCUCGGGGGCGCUCGUUAUCGACCAGGACACCAACAAAACAACCCUAGACCCCGGAAGCACACUCCUCCCCGGCCCGGUUGCCAGCCUGGUCAGUUUCGCUACACGGUCAACAUGUCUCGCUGUUCGGAUUACCAGCGCCAUAGGGGGGAGCGGGUUGGAUGCGGCCAGGUUCACGACGCUCUCGACCCUCAAGGUCGGCCGUACCAUCCUUGACGGGGUUCUGAGCAGAGCCGGGAAGGACACUGCCCUUGUCCGCGCCGGCGCGGUACAAGCAGACACGGAGACUGGCAUAGAAGGUGUCAUUGAGAAGAUACAGAACAAGGCGGAUCUCUUGAUCUUCUGGACCGCAACCGGUUUCCAAUUUGCCAACACCGCGCUAUCCACAUUAUCCGAGGGAUCCCAGUUGUUUCUGUCGACUCUCGACCGCUUCUUUGGCUCUACCGACUCCUCGCGCGCCAUGGCCAGCAUCAUCGCCAUGAUCCGCCGAGAAAUCACCAAUCCCCCGUUGGCCGGGCGAGGAGAAACGGUUGGAGUAAGUGACCUCGUCGCAGCACUUUGCACUCUGGCCUUUUUGCAGAGGUCGUGCAGAUCUCUCCUGGAGGAGGAAGACCGCAGGUCCCCCGUGGAUGAGGUUGUAUGGGACAUCGUUGUCCUCAACGACGGUGUGCGGGUUGAUAUCUCUGAUAAAAAGCUGCGGCAUCGGCUCUCCAGGAGCCUCGGUUCUUCGGAACACCGGGAUCCGAGUCUCGACAGUGCGCCGGCGCGACAACUUGAGCGUGAUAUCGUGCAGUCAUUGCCAAACAACGCCAAGGUGUCUAUCACCAGAGAACUCGCCGUCUCGGAGACCAUCACAGUCGAUUUUACUGGUGACGUGCGACAAAUCGAGGUUAGGCCUCCUCCCGGCAUCGAACUGAUCGAGGAGAAGCGCAACAAUACCCUGGCACAAGCUGGCAAGGAAAAUGCCACCGUGCAAUUCGUCUUUCGAAACGCGCGUCGCCAUGAACGAAGAGUCUCCUAUCAAAAGACAGAUGGAGAAAUCAGCCACGCCGUGGACUCUGGGAGACAACUUGAACCGCCAGCUUCGCAUUACCCCGUCAGCAAAGUUGCGUCUCACCAAAAGUCACACCACGAAGGGGAAAGCAUAACCACCGCUGGCCCAAGUGCUUCGCCUACAUCAUCACAUCAUAUGACGACGCCUCGAUUAUGUAUCGAUUUCGACGCCGACAGCUCCGUCCAACAGGAGCCAAGUCACCCAACAUACGCCGCGCCUCCAUCGCAGUCACGAGGCAGUCAGCCAAGCUUGCUCACUGAUAAGAAGCUUCCGGAACUUCCGUUAGUUCCGACGAGGAGGGAAGAGCAUAGCUCUGGCCCCAGUUCUGGGGAGACAAGAAAGGGUCCUCGAAAUGUGCUCAGAAGAUCAACCCCAAGACUCAACAAGAAGGAUAACAGUUCUGAGGCUGCGCCGGGCAAAGCUAAGUCUACAUUUGUUGCGUCCCUGGCAGCUAAAUUAUCCGGGAAGUCGGACCGACGACCAGCCAGUAUCCAUCAGCAGUCAUUGUUUUUGGACGGUGAAGGGAGGCAUGAGGAGUUUGACCAUAGCCUUUCUCGCAUCAGUUACCACUCGAUCCAGGAAAGCCGGAGGCAAUCGACAGUGUCUCUGGGCGCUUCAAUUGUCACUACUGACAACUAUCAAUCCACUUCCAUGUACGCUGAGACGGCAGGCAGCCGGGAAGUGUGCGAGCUUGAUCCUGAUACGGAAGACGAGGGCGGACAGGUUGCCUUGGAAAGGAAUCACCGCCGGUCAAAAUCCGAUACACCAAGCAUCCGCACGCUGGCCACGAGCAGGUCGGAGAUGUCACUUUUUUCCUGUUACCAGAGUACCGCCCUCACUUUCACUCCGGUCGACAAGUUGAGUGCGCUCAGACAGAGUGGUGUUUUGCCGGGCGUGUUCCCCGAGCGGCAUUUGCUCAGCAACGCUGCUCGAUACAUGCGCUUUGCCUCGGCGUCUUACGGAUCCCAUUUCCUCAGAGCCCUAGGCAUCGGUACUGAGAUGCCGAGGUCGGGGAUCCUCGACGACACACACCACGAACUGCGGUCCUUUGCUCACCACACCAAAUCCGAUCCCAACGACAUUCUCCUCGCCUCCUUUGUCGACCCAGAAGGCGGUUCCGAUGCCACGGGGGCGACCAAUACGGGCGUGCCUCUCGUGCACUACAUUUCGCUCGACCACGAGUCCAAAGCUGUGGUCCUCGCCUGCCGCGGCACGCUCGGGUUCGAGGACGUCCUGGCCGACAUGGCGUGCGAAUACGAUGAGCUGACCUGGCAGGGCCGCUCGUACAAAGUGCACAAGGGCGUGCACGCCUCGGCCAAGCGCCUCCUCCACGGAGGCGACGGCCGCGUCCUGCGCACGCUCCAGGCCGCCCUCGAAGAGUUCCCCAACUACGGCUUGAUCCUCACGGGCCAUUCUCUCGGCGCUGCCGUGACCUCCCUCCUAGGCAUCAUGAUCUCGGAGCCGGUUGACGGCGGUAACAGCAGCAGCAGCAGCAACAACAACAACAACAACAAUAAUAAUCGCACCUUUGUCACUGCCACCACCACCACCACCACCUCCUCCUCCUCCUCCUCCUCCUCCUUUUCCUUCUCAUCAUCAUCAUCAUCAUCUUCUUCAUCAUCAUCUUCUUCUUCUGCUUCUCCACGCUACCAUCUAGGCAUCCCACCGAACCGCCCAAUCCAAGUCUACGCCUACGGCCCGCCCGCGACCGUGUGCUCCGCCCUGCGUGACGCCACGCGCGGGCUGAUCACGACCAUCGUGAACGGCAACGACAUCGUCCCGUUCCUCUCGCUCGGGCUCCUCCACGACGUGCAGGGCGCCGCACUGGCGCUCCGGGCGGACGGCGCCGCCCGCGAGGCGAGGCGGAGGAUCCUGAAGGCCAUCGCCCGCGCUUGCCUCGCCAGAGACGACCACGACGUCCGGAACGAGGGCGACGACGAGUGGGGUUACGAGCUGCUCGGCACUCUGAGGCGGGCGAUGCGGAGCGAGAAGCUCGUCCCGCCGGGGGAGGUGUUUGUCGUGGAGGGGACGGUGGCGCUGCUUAGGGCCCCGGAAACGACCGAGGGAGGUAAGGAAGGGCUAGGGCGGCCGGCGAGGAGGAUGGUGCUGCGGUAUGUAAAAGACGUGGAGAGGAGGUUCGGGGAGAUCCGAUUCGGGAUGGGGCUGUUGACGGACCACAGCCCGGCGAGGUACGAGGCGGCGCUGGAUAGGUUGGUGCGCGGUUUGGGAGUGAAGGAGUGA